AUGUUUUGGACGAUGUGGAUUAUGGCGAUCGUUUCGGGCACAGUUUGUGUUCGAGAACUUGAGGCAUCCGUGCGCAUUACCAACUACACGGACGAUUGGGACCCAAAAUAUCUAGAUGUGGAUCUGCGUGUCCGUCGGCUUGACCAAACUACGGCAAUCGAUUUUGACUUGGAUCUGAAGCAAGAGCUUGAUAAAAAUGUUGAGUACGAUGUGCGGCUGUGUAAACGAGUGGCUGGAAAAUACCAUCAAAUGAUGUACACGGGAAAACAGCAGCUGUGCGGGAAGGAGCUUCGGAGGUCGCGCAAUCUGCUGGAUCGCUACAUUGCCUCGGAGCUGGUGAAACAUUCCAACCUGACCACACGCUGUCCUAUAAAGACGGGACACUACGAGGUGCGAAAUUUCGAAAUUGAUGAUCGCCAUUUGAUGAUGAGUGUGGUGCCAUCUGGCGAGUUUCUCAUUGAGGUUGGUGUGUAUCAUCGCGGAAAGGAAAUCAAAAUGAAUCGUUGGUUUGUAACGGCAACGUAA